ACUCAACUAGCUGCGUAUGAUGGCAAAGAUGAAUUCAAUGUUUACAUUGACCCUCGUCAGCCGAUAAGCCAAAAGGCAAGCGAAAUAACAGGUUUGAAGUACUGUUUCCAAAAGAAUCAAAUGUAUCUUAAUGGAGAAGAGGUCAACAGCAUCAACAUCCACCAUGCGUUGUUAGAUUUCUUGGAUUUUCUUAAAUCAAAGAAGUGUCCUGUUCUUGUCGGCCAUAAUAUUAUUUCAUAUGACAUUCCAAUUUUGUUGAAACUACUGGAGGAGUUUGGACUCCUAGCCUCAUUUUUACAAUUAAUCUGUGGGUGCAUAGACACUUUGAAACUAGCCAGAAAAGUUUUCCCCAAAAGUCAGAUUAAUAACUACAAACAGACCACUCUAGUCAAGACAUUUCUUGGUUUUGAAUAUGAUUCACAUAAUGCCUUAGAAGAUGUGAAAAGUUUACAUCGACUAUUUGAAGAGAAACUUUACAGUCAUUGCAAAGAUUCUGAUGUAUUUCCCUUUCAUGUGAGGAAGUUGGAGAGCAGCUUCACAGAAGUGAUUCAAGAAAAGAAAAUUUCAAAGACUGUUGCAAGACGAAUUGCAAAUUCUGGACUGGGGUUGAAACACUUACAACUUGCUUUUAAGAGGGAUCCAAAUGUCGGGGUCAAAAGUAUUCUCCAGGAACGAGGUUUUAGAGGAAAGACCAUUCAUGCCAUCAAAACCAUCCUUGAGGACAUGUGUACUGAGGAAUGAAAGUGUUAAGAG